UCCUCCUCCUUCUGUCUGCUAUAACCCUCUCUCAAUUGCCAUUUCGGCACGACCUGGACUCUUUCAGUGCGACCUUCCUUCUCCUACGUCUCUACGACCACGACCUCGCCUCGACCUCCUGACACCAUGGGCAACACUCCCUCUGCUCAAGCGUCACCAGCUCGAGCGACAGGAGGAAACGGACAGAAAGCAAUCUCUCCUCAACUAGGUCAAUCAGAUACCGUCCCGAAUCCCAAUCGACCCAAUCUACGCUUACCUCUUCCUCAACGAACGAGUCAAAUAUCUACACCGAAUGAUUCGAAUCCUGCUUCACCGUCCGGUGGUGCCAGAGGGAAUUCGCCUAGACGGCGUAAAUCUCUCGAACUACCGGAUCUCAACAAGCUGAGCUUUACCCCUGCUGUCCCUGCGGCUCCUGUCCAUACUAUGGCCACAGCUACGGGCCCCACAUCCCAGGGUAAGCGUGUAGAGCCAGAUGGAGGAUCUCCAUCUCGUCGUUGGAAAAUGGGUCUGGGUCCUCGGAAAUCCGGUCUAGGAGCCAUGACCAGGAUUGACGCAUCACCACGCGCUGUCUCUGGAUCAAAGGACGACUCUUAUUUUCCCAAUGAUGCAGACCGGGGGCGCACUCGUGCAGUCGAGCCUAUAGCUAUCCCUGGUCGUAAAGAAAUGUCUCAAUCACCAGGUGGGACUCCACCCAAACCUCCUCCUCCGACCGUCGCCCCCUCCCCGCCCACACAUCGUCCAAUGGACCCCCUCGCGCCAACAGAGGAAGGAGAAGCUGACGGAUCGGUUUCUGUACCUGUGCGCUGGGAGGGAAGCGGAAAGCAAGUCUCAGUGAUUUGCGAUUUUGCAGACAACUGGAAGAAGCGGAUUAAGCUCAACAAAGUUGAUGGGGUAUUUGAAACCAUUUUACGUGUUCCACCGGGACAGUAUCGACUGAAAUUUCUGGUGGACGACUCCUGGCGAUGCUCCAAAAACAUCCCCACAGCUACAGAUAAUGACGGAACUUUGGUCAACUGGCUCGAGGUUGAAGCCCCAAAGACUGAAGACGAAUCCAGAGCAGAAUGGGCCAUGGACUCGAAGCCACCAGCGCCAAAGCACGAAGAUAUCGAUGACUCGCAAUGGACAUCUACGAUCCCAGCUCCUCUCUUCCUCUAUCAAUACUUGGAGGAAUUACCCUCUACUAUGAGCGCAGAACAAUGGUCUCAACACUACCGUGAUGUUCCCCAUCUUACGGCCGUACCUCAGCCGCCUAUGCUUCCCAGAGUCCUCGAGAAAGUCAUCGUCAAUUCUGAUGCGAGGAAACAAUUGUCAGACGAGGUGUUGCCUGGAUCCGCGACACCUGCUGGUACAGAUGAUAAUUCCAUCUUGGCCAUUCCUAAUCAUGUCAUCCUGAAUCACCUCACGGCGAGUGCCAUCAAGCAUGGCACACUGGGUGUGGGCACCACGACGAGGUACAGGAAAAAAUUUAUCACGACAAUGUAUUUCAAGCCCACACUUCAGGAUCUCAUGGAAGGCAACCCUGGCGUGCAGAAUGUACCAGAGAGAUCAGAGACCACUACUGAAGCUUGAUAAGACUUUGGCACGCAUAGAAAGCCGUAGAGAGUGUAGAGUGUAUCCCAUGUUGUAGCCUAUACGAAUGUGACAUGAAUUUUAUACGUCCA